AUGAGCUCCUGGGAAGCCAUCGUGUGCGGCAAGGAAGAAAACCAAAGGAAAUGCCACACUUUUAAAAGAGGUGGCAAAACAUACAAGUCACUCCCCAAAGGCAAGACAAGAAUCGCAGAAGCAGCGAGGCAGAGCGCGGUGGGCAUCCUGAGAGACGCCCUGAAGAAGAAGGACCGUGUGCUCAUGGAGACGCCUCGGGACCUGAUUUCCUGCGACUCCGAACAGCCCCAGUUCUGGAUGGAGCGGUUCGCUGUCGUGACAGAGAAGCGGGUGAGAGACCUCAUCUCAGUGCUGGAGGAAGUCAAGUUCAUGGAGGAUCUUUCCAAGAAGAACAUAUAUGCAUAUGUUAAACCAAAAUCUGGAGACAAAACCAUUUAUUUGGGCCCACUCUUCUGGGAGGCUCCGAGUCACCUCGAUAAAGAUUCCCAGCCGGGGACUUUAAUCCACGAGGCCUCGCACUUCCUGGGCACGUGCGACAUCACCUACGAGCCAUUUAGCUUCUAUGUUACCUGCAGGGGAGUGAUGGUGAAAAACAACUCGACAGACCCAGAUAGUCCAAAAUUUCUUCCUCUGGUGACUGCGGUGCUAAAUGCCAACAACAUCGAGUACGAGUUUGAAGUGACCCUGCGGCACCGGGGAGACUACGAGCAGGGCAGAUACUCCUGCUGCGGGGAGGCGGCGAGGAGCUCCGUCUGCGAGAGCGCCGUGGCCAACGACUUCUUCACUUCUCCGAGCAACCAGAGAGAAUUAGAAAGGAUGAGCAUUCCUGAAAUACUGAGGGGGAAGCUGCUGCCGGCCCGGGACAGACUGCAGCGGCACGUAGCAGCGCUUCGGACAAUUGCUGACACCGUGGAUGCGGCGCACAGAGGAAUGAAGAAAGCAAAGAUUAUUGGAGGCAUUUUCGGCAUUGUGGGCGGGAUCACUACCUUUGCAGGGCUCUCCCUCGCCUCCGUGACCUUCGGGACAUCGCUGGUUUUCACGGGGCUCGGUGUCUCCUUGGCAGGUGGCCUGACCGGCGCAGCAGCGACCAGAAGCAACAUAUCGCAGAGCCAAGACAAGAAGGAAGAGUUCAACGGGCUCCUGGACCAGUGCCAGGCUGAGGUGCAGCAAAUCAAGCAGUACAUGGAGUACGUCUCAGUCCGGGUGCAAAGGGCCAAAGAAGCUGUCAACAAGACUGAUCGGCUGUUUGCAAUCCCACAGAUCGGGGCAGCAGCAGGGCGUGUUAUGGAGAUGGUCAAAGCUGGAGAGCUGCUGGGUAAAGCCAGCCACAUCACACAAUUAGCAGGAACUGCCACACGCACCAUGACAGGUGUCACACUGUGCCUGGAUGUCUUCUUUGUAGCCAAGAAUGCCAUAGAGCUCCUGAAAGGCACCAAAACAGACCUGGCAGCCAAGAUCCGAGAGGCCGUCACUAAACUUGAGCAAGUGAUUGAGCAAGUCAACAACAUGAACAAGACGCUGACUGGGGAAAAGCCAAAAGUCUCCCCCUGACAGAGGAUGACUCCUUCAUUCCCUUCACUUCUCCCAGAAAGACUCAGCUCUGCCUCAUGCCCAAGCACAGCCGCAUGCUCCGGGCAAACAAGGGAUGGGAGAGGAGCCUGUGCUCCUUGCAGGACUGACCCAUAUCUGGUCCAUGCUCCUGGCCCCAGGUGAGCGCUCUUUUAUUGGAAGAGCUUCCAUUAUGAAGAGAAUAUUAAACAGGCUAGGACUAAGAAAAAUGUAACCCGGGCGGUACUCCAAGAGGUACCCCUCUCCAAUUGAAGGGAUCAGAGCAUGUGCACAAGUGCUGUGGGAGGUGUAGGGACCCUCCUCCCCGUAUAGAGCAGAGCCAGAUCACCAAUAGGGACAAACCAUAUAUCUUUUCAUGAGAAAAACAGUAGAGGGAACAUAACAUGUGUAAACCAGGGGGCAUAGGAGACACUAUGACGGCCUGAGGGGGCAGGAUUCCAUAAAGGCUAGGCAUUUACAGUUGUAGACAUAUUCAUCCAGUUUACCGAAGACCAGUUUAACAAAAAAGAAACACAAACAGCAGAGCAAACAAUACUGGCUGGGGAAAUAUAAAAUGCACAAAAUACAAAACAUCAAACAACAAGAGCUGUAGGGUAUAGGUACCGGGAGGGGGGGGGAAGGAAGGAGCCACAAUGACCCCCGUCCACUGCAACAAGAAUUUUCUCCCCACUACUUGGGCCAGGCAGGACUUAAACUCAGGCCUGCUGCGUGGCAAGCAGACACUCUACCACACAGCCAACAGUGUUCCAAGCUUUUAGGGGUUUGACCUUCCUGGAGCCCCGGCCUCACGUCACGCUGCCUGGUCUCUUGCUGGAGGAGCUGGAAGCAGAGCUGGGAACCUCUCAGGUCACUGCUCGGAUCUUG